GCAGCGCAGCGCACGCUGACCAAACACCAGAUAUUUGAAUGAAGUUCAAGCGUGUUGAGCUGUCGAUGUCCACGCCUUCUUUAGUUUGCCUAAUGAUCUGUGCGUCGCUCGUUAAUUAGAAGUGUUUCGAUUCUAGUGCUAUCCAAUCAAACUAAAAAUAAAUAGUUGAAUAAAUGAAGUUUAAUCAAUUAAUAACGCGAAGUUCGUGGAAAUUAAUAAUGUAACCAAAACAGUGACCGAGUUAUGUGAAACUCUCGGCCGUGCAAUCGCAGUGUCGCAAAUCGAGGCACGUGGCUCCGCACUUUGGUCAUCUAUAUUUUCUCUGACUUCAAAAUUUCUCUUACAGAAAGUGUUGGAAUUCUUUAUAAUUUACGCAGCUAACUUGUCGAACUCUCGUCUAUCGUCGCCUACCGCGGCGUAGUGCUAUUCUGGGUGGCAGAUCGUAGGAUUUGAAAAAGGUGAAAUGCACAAAAUUGCGCUUCUCUGCGUCAUUUUGUGCGCCGCUGCGCCAGGUCAAUCCGUAGAUAAAACUUUAGAGCCCAAGGCCCACGGUCGUGAUGUGGUCGAGGCGGUGGUGGACCGAAUUCAAAAAAGUAAUGUGUUCUCCGACGACAAAGACUACCUGCGUCGUGUUGCCUAUGUGGAGAGCAGGUUUGGUGAUCACAGUAGCACUUACAGGAGCGGCUACUACGGAGGGAUCUGGCAAGUUGACUCCUUCAAAGCAACGCAGCAGGACUGGGCAGGCGACGUCACGAGUCCCGCGCUGAAGAAGAUCCAUAAGGAUAUCAAAGAAAAAAUGGACAUCGAUUGGAUGCAGGUCAAUAGAGAAGACCUACUGAAGCCGUUCUAUUCGGGGCUUGCCGCUAGAAUCUACAUCGCGUUGACGGAGAAGUCCCGCGGUCCGAUCCCGGACGACAUAGCAGGCCAAGAUCGAUACUGGAAGGAUUGGUACAACACGAAAGCAGGCAAAGGGAAGUAUGGCGACUUCGAGAGUCGCGUGCGCGAAAUGCUCAAGAAGGACAUGACCCGUAGCGGCGGGCGGAUUGACCUCAUGAUGGUCAUCGAUGGCAGCGGUAGCAUAGGUAGGGAUUCAUUCAAGACCGCCCUGGACUCGGUGGCGGGAAUGGCGGGCUCCUUCGACCGGCGGCAAGCCAACAUCGGCGUGGUCGUCUUCUCCGAUGGCGCCGCUGUACCGAUCUCCCUCGUUAACAAUCUAACCGCAGAGGAGCUCCAGCAGACCAUCCAGAGCAUCACCUACCCGGACGACGACACCAACACCUACGCUGGUAUAAUGGCCGCUGUCGGCGAGUUCCGAGCGUUACCUGCUGACCGGAAAGCCGCCGGUGUUCCGCGCGUUAUUAAUGUCUUCACCGACGGCAAGCACAACAGGGGACUCGACCCGGCCUACGCAGCCGAGGAAGCUACCAAAGAAGGCAUCGUCUGCAACGCAUUCGGCAUCGGUUAUGAAGGCAUUGAUAGGAAUGAGCUGGAAGCCUUCACGAGUCCAACCUCCGGACAUAUCUUCUCAACGCUGUCCUACGACACUUUGUCCGAGCAGAUAUCUCAGAUCGCCCGAAAAACGAAGACGGUGCCUCUAACGCCCCAAAUCGGAAGCGUCGUUAAAGAGGAAAUGGCUGAAGUCGGCGACAAGCGUUACUAUCGACUGGGGGUCCCGUCCAGUGGCACGACCAUUACACUGAACGAAGAAAAGGGGAGUGCGCGGGGCUAUUGGUCCUACACGGUGGAACAGCCCUCCAGCGCCCUCUACGACGGUGUGUUGACCAACGGGAAAACCUUCAUUCCCGCGCCGCCUUCGACGAAGCCGGGGCAGCGGAGGCGGAGGGACACGGAGGCAGAGAACAGCACCGAAGCAGGACCUACAGAUGACGUCAUAGAACGAGGCGCCGUGUUCAUCGCCAUCGAGAGUUUGGAGGCAGAGAACAGCACCGAAGCAGGACCUACAGAUGACGUCAUAGAACGAGGCGCCGUGUUCAUCGCCAUCGAGAGUUUGGCCGACAACACGACGGUCACGAUGAAAACUGACCCGGGAGAUGUCAGUGCCGCCACCAGUCUAAGCGCCUCUCACAUUGGGGUUGUCAUCUUCUCGUCCUCUCUCACUCUUAUCAUGACUCGAUUGCGGUGCCUAUAAAUAACUUGCUUUUGAUAAUUGUAAUCUACACACUGAGGGAAAAAUGGACAGAAUUCAUCAGAAAGGAACCAACCCACAUUCAGUUGAAACUGA